GAGACGGAAGCCCGUGGGGAUGGGAAGGGCUUGGAGGGAAAGUCGGUGAACUGGGGAGAAGAGGCGGGGCGUGAGCUUCUUAGUCCUUCCCGUUCCUGUGACCUCUUCAGCGAGGAGUGACAGCCUCACGGAACAGAGCAAUGGGUUUGCUCUCAGAGUUGAAGUUGGCUGUGCCCUGGGGCCAUAUUGCUGUCAAAGUCUGGGGCUCCCAGAAGAACCCUCCAGUUCUCUGCUUGCACGGCUGGCUGGACAACGCUAACUCCUUUGACAGGCUCAUUCCUCUUCUUCCCCAAGACCUCUGUUACGUGGCCAUGGAUUUCGGAGGUCAUGGGCUCUCAUCCCAUUACAACCCAGGCUUCCCAUACUACCACCAAAAUUUUGUGAGUGAGGUCCGAAGGGUGGCAGCAGCCUUUAAGUGGACUCCGUUCUCCCUCCUGGGCCACAGUUUUGGUGGCUCUGUGGGCGGCUUGUUCGCCUGCAUGUUCCCCGAGAUGGUACACAAACUGAUCUUGCUGGACUCGGGACCAUUUUUCCCGGACUCUAAGGAAAUGGAGAACAUAAUGACAUACAGGCGGAGAAGCAUAGAUCACGUGCUUCAGGUGGAGGCCUCCCAGAAGUCUCGGAGAGCCUUCAGCCAAGAGGAGCUGUUGCAGGGGCUCCUGAAUAACAACAGCCACUUGAGCAGAGAUUGUGGGGAACUCCUCCUGCAGAGAGGAGCCACGAAGGUGGCCGAAGGUCUGGUGCUGAACAGGGACCGGAGGCUCUCCUGGCCAGAGAACAGCUGUGACUUCAUGAGCAAGGAGUUGUUCGUGCACUCUGCGAGAAGCCUGCAGGCCAAUGUGCUGAUGAUCAAGGCACUGCAGGGGUACUAUGAUGUGAGGCGGGUGAACGAUGCAGACAAGGAGCCCAUGCUCUUCAUGGUGGACACGCUAAAAUCCAUCCUAAAGGAGCGGUUCCAGUUUGUGGAAGUGCCAGGAAAUCACUAUGUCCACAUGAACAAGCCUCAGAUUCUGGCUGGAGUCAUCAGCUCCUUCCUCCAGGACCUACCGAGGACGACCUCUUCCAGGCUGUAGCGCUGGUCUGGGGUCUUGUUCCCACUUUCUAGCUUCCACUGGAUCUUGAGCACUCAUCCCACAAAAUAGGUGGGGUGGGCGUGAGUCUCACUGGACUGGGAGAGGCAGCAGAGACUCCUUCAGCAGAGCGAGGGGCAGGGAAAGAAGAUUCUGGUCUCACCUGUAACUGUGAGAAGGGGACUGGGUGUUAGGAAGCAGGGCUGGGGCUGACCCUCGGGGCUGAGGCUUCUGGAGCCUGUCCUUGCCACCAGCUGUGUGGAAAUAAAAUCUCUUGUCUUCA